AUGUGCUUUUAUUUUUCUUUCAUGUGCCGUCAUGAUGUUGCCUCUCUACAGCUUCUUCAAACUUAUAUCUCCAAGCAAAUGUUGACUAUCUUACUUAAGAAUCUUUCGUCCUUUCUUUCUUCCUUUCUUUCUUUCUUUUGUCCUUUCUUUCUUUCUUUUGUCCUUUCCUUCUUUCGUCCUUUCUUUUGUCCUUUCUUUUGUCCUUUCUUUCUUUUGUCCUUUCUUUUGUCCUUUCUUUCUUUCUUUUGUCCUUUCUUUUGUCCUUUCUUUCUUUCUUUCUUUCUUCGUCUAUUUAUUCUAUCUUUUUCUUUCUUUCUUUUUUUAUGCUUGAUUUUCUCACCUUCUUCAAUUUGUUCUUUCUUUCUUUCUUUACAGAUUUAUUGUAUCUUUCUUUCUUUCUCUCUUAAGAUUGCUUUUCUUCUUUCUUUCUUUCUUUCUUUUUUCUUUCUUUCUUUCUUUUUUUUCUUUCUUUUUUCUUUCUUUCUUUCUUUUUUUUCUUUCUUUUUUCUUUCUUUCUUUCUUUUUUCUUACUUUUUCUUUCUUUCUUUUUUUCUUUCUUUUUUUCUUUCUUUUUUUCUUUCUUUUUUUCUUUCUUUUUUUUCUUUCUUUCUUUCUUUACUUGCAUUUUCGUUGUUGAUCGGCAGCGCACGGCGAAUGGCUGCGACAGAGGUUCGGCGUCGGGUCAGGGGUGAAGAGGAUCAGUGCUUGUUUUAUUACAUGCCGAAGACGUUGCGGUGGGGCUAUUCAGAGAAAACCUCAUUAAAGCGGAUGUCGAUAUUGCCCUCUCUUAAUUCUACCAUCCCUACCAAAAGUCCAACCCCAGUUCGGCAGUACCGACAUCACCGCCUUUCACUCUGCAAGGAAGAUGGGGACGGAGCCAAGCAGUGGGUGUCGGAGUUGACAAUAACGAAAGUUCAAUGA